GGUUAAGAAGCUAAAUUUGGUUGUUACUGAAGUAUUCUCAGAAUUUCUUUACUGUUUUAGCCACUGAGAACUCAACGUGCAUCGAAUCAACAGGCUUGUUCAAUGUUCUACACGAUCGACUGAACUACACUGAUGCUGCUCUGGGUUGUCAAGAUGUCAAUGGUGAAUUAGCCGAUGUUGUUACCGAAAUCCGAACGAAACAUUUGUCGCAGUACAUUGAGAGUGCAUUGGAUGGCUGGUAUAAAGUCGCAUAUGUUGGCCUAGACGAUAUGGAUCAAGAAGGAACGUUUCUUACUGCCUUAGGAAAUUCUCUCUCCUAUUGUUCACGGUAUAGAGCCUGGGCUCCAGUUUGUUCUCGGCUUUUGUGAUGGAAAAUUACACUUUUGAAGAAAUGGCAGACUUGCAUGUAAUGUAUGCACGUGCUUAUAGUAACUCUUAUGCAGCGAGGCGCCUGAAUGCUAAAGCGUUUCCCCUUCGGCAACUUCCAGAAAGUAAAACCUUUGCAAGCGAAGAACGUAGAUUACGGAAAAGAGGUCACCCUUUAAAGAACGACGAUGUGCAAGACUGUGUAGUCUUGGAUAGUAGUAGGAUGUGGAGAACUGUAGAUUGUAGAAGACCAUUCCCAGCUUUAUGUGAGCUAUAUCCAGAAAAGCCGCCAGAUGAUAUCUUGCGUGGUUUCACUGAUGUUGACUGUGAGAGCAUCAAGAACAAUGCUAAGAAGAUUAUUUGUGUAAGACAGAAGAAACUGUACGAGAUAUACAAGAAUUCAUCUAGGGCAGAUAAAUGUGCAUUGGAAAAUGGAAUUUUUGGAGAAUAAAGCAUACUUGUAUUAUGAAUAA